AUGUGGGGCUACGGCAGCGCGCGGCUGGCGCUGCGCGCGCUGACGACGCGGCGCCUCGACCGGCGGGACGCGGCCCUGGAGGAGCUGGACGCGGAGCCGUCGUCGUCGCGCUGGGCGGCCCUGCGCCAGCGCUACGACCUCGGCGAGGAGCUGGGCUCCGGCGGCGGCGGCCGCGUCUUCAGCGGCCGCUGCAAGGCCCGGGGCCUGCCCGUGGCCAUCAAGGCCGUCAAGGCCCACCUCGCGGCCGAGCUCCCGCGAGAGGCCCAACUCCUCGGCGAGGCGCGGCACCGCGCGGUGCUCCGCGUCCACGAGUGCCUCCCGGAGGACGGGUUCCUGGUCACGGAGCGCCUCGACGGCGGCGAGCUCUUCGACCGGCUCGCGCGCCGCGAGCUCGUCGGCGACGCGAGGGCGCAGCGGAAGGUCUUGGGCGACGUCUUCGACGCCGUCGCGUUCCUCCACGACGCGGGCAUCGCCCACCUGGACCUCAAGCCGGAGAACAUCGUCCUCGAGGAUGAUGAAGAGUGGAACGUGCGCCUCGUGGACUUUGGGUCCGCGCGGCGCGUCGACGGCCGCGACGGCCGCGACGGCGCCGUCGGCAUCCACGACAGCCCGCGGACCGCGGCCUACGCGCCGCCGGAGCUGCUGCGCCGGGAGCGGGGCGUCGACCCGAAGAAGGUCGACGCCUGGGCCGCGGGCGUCGUCGCCUACUUCGUCUUCACGGGGCGCCACCCCUUCGACGGCGGCGGACCGGCGACGACCGACCGCGACGUCGAGCGCGCGGUGCUCGCGGGCGCGGAGGCCGCGGGCCGCUUCGAGGGCGCGGACUGGGCGCGCGUGCCCGCGGCCAUGCGCGGCGCCGUCGCGCGCUGCCUGAGCCCGGACCCGGCCGCGCGGCCGACGCUCCGGGAGCUCGCGGACGCGGAGUGGAUCAAAACCCCCGCGCCGCAGCAUCGCCUCGUCCUCGACCGCGGCGAGGCGGCGCGCUGGGUCCUCGACGGCGGCGAGCGCGCGCCCUAG